UCCUGUUAUGCAGUAUGCGAGACAUUAUUUGAUAUUCUACACUUGCAUACUAGCACACUUGCAUAUCAUCAGAAACAAACCUCAAUUUCAAUGGCCAAGUCAGCUGAUACAGGAAUGACCACAGGAACUGCAAGAGUGACCACAGAAGUGAUCCCAGGAACCACAGGAGUGAAUACAGGAACCAUAGGAGUGAACACAGGAACCACAGGAAUGACCAUAGGAACCACAGGAACCACAGGAGUGACCACAGGAACCACAGGAGUGAACGCAGGAACCACAGGAGUGACCACAGGAACUACAGGAACCACAAGAGUGAACACAGGAACCACAGGAGUGACCACAGGAACUACAGGAACCACAGGAGUGAACACAGGAACCACAAGAGUGACCACAGGAACUACAGGAACCACAAGAGUGAACACAGGAACCACAGGAGUGACCACAGGGACUACAGGAACCACAGAAGUGAACACAGGAGCUACAGGAGUGACCACAGGAACCACAGGAGUGAACACAGGAACCACGGGAGUGAACACAGGAACCACAGGAGUGAACACAGGAACCACAAGAGUGAACACAGGAACCAUAGGAAUGACCACAGGAACCACAGGAGUGACCACAGGAACUACAGGAACUACAGAAGUGAACACAGGAACUACAGGAGUGACCACAGGAACCACAGGAGUGAACACAGGAACCACAGGAGUGAACACAGGAACCAUAGGAAUGACCACAGGAACUACAGGAACCACAGGAGUGAACACAGGAACCACAGGAGUGACCACAGGAACUACAGGAACCACAGGAGUGAACACAGGAACCACGGGAGUGACCACAGGAACCACAGGAGUGAACACAGGAACCACAGGAGUGAACACAGGAACCAUAGGAAUGACCACAGGAACCACAGGAGUGACCACAGGAACUACAGGAACCACAGAAGUGAACACAGGAACUACAGGAGUGACCACAGGAACCACAAGAGUGACCACAGGAACCACAGGAGUGAACACAGGAACCACAGGAGUGAACACAGGAACCAUAGGAAUGACCACAGGAACCACAGGAGUGACCACAGGAGUGAACACAGGAACCACAGGAGUGACCACAGGAGUGAACACAGGAACCACAGGAGUCACCACAGGAAAUAAACAAAUAAUGAUUGUGAAUAGAUCUAUUUACCAUUAACGCAAAAUCUGUGACCCAACAUAUAUAUAUAUAUAUAUAUAUAUAUAUAUAUAUAUAUAUAUAUAUAUAUAUAAUAGGUUUAUUUAAGUGAGCAAAUAGAAAAAAAGAUCUAUUCACAAUAGCUGUCAUAGAUUUUGGGUUACUGGAGCAUCCUAUCUAGUGAUCGGUCUAUUACAAAAUGGAGGGGUUGACUUUGCAUAGAGGUUGGUUCCAGGGUAUGAAUUUGUGUCAGAACAAUAAGCUGGGCCCUGGCAUCAUGCAGGAGGUCCAGUGAGAGAAGGUAUUUAGUUACUCAAGUGUAAACCCAGAAAGCCAAGUCAAGCUAAUAAAUGCAAAAUUGUACUAAAACAUUCCUGGGUUUGGCUUAAUGAGCCAUUUGCUUCAGUACUUUGCCUAAACACUUUGCAUGGAUGCUUUUAUUGCAGUGCACCAUGUCUGAGAAAAAGCCUUGUUUAGUAGGGCAAUAUCUCUGACUUUUCAAAGGAUUAAAAGAGAAUAUUGUGUCACGUUCAGUAGUAGUACCCAUUAUAAUUUCCCAUU